UUGCCGUGUCGAAUAUGGGAUUUUAUCAUGAGCUGAGCAAACGGACAGCUGUUCAAGGAAGCCGGGCUUAGACGGAAUAUUUGCAUAUUUUGCUGUCCGGUAUACGUGAAACCAAAUCAGCUAGCAUUGUUCCUUAUUUAGACUAAUAUAAAAGGCGACCAGAAAAGACAAGGAAAAGAAAGUAGCCCGUGAUCUGCUAGCUGCUGGCUGUACGAAAAGGUUGCAUAGAACCGGCAAGCAGCACUGCGCGCGCCCAAGUUGGAAUGCGCGAGGGGAUUUAUUCGGAUAUUAAUUCGCCUGAACGAAUUUAUCAGUAGGCUGAUGUGAGCGAUUUGUGUUUCGGUUGUACGAAGUGACCAGCGAUCUGCCUAGACUCAGGGCUGAACGAUCCUGACAGAGGAGUGCGGUUUUGGUUGCCGGGAGAAACAGAGAGGAGUCCUGUUUGGUUGCCAGGAGGUUGCAGUGUGAUUGGCCGUAGAGUCCCUCGCCCCCUGGGAAGGUGGAUGCGUUGAGGGAAGGUGCAGUGAUGCUGGCCAAGGUGGCCCACAAGAACAGCAAGGCUGAUAAAAGAGCAUCGCUGGUGGCUUCGAAAGCAAAAUGGAGUCGGGUGGACGAGCAGCCGACGCCCAGGCUGAGUGCUGAUGGCAGGGCCGGAAACUAUAAACAAGACAGUGUGCAGCAGUGGCUCAUGUCCAGCUGUCAGGAGCAGGUGAAAUCAGACCCUGACCUGGAUGCUUCAGAGCCACUGAAGAGACAGGCCAGCGGGGAGGAUGACUUAGUGCUUGGCGUAGAAGCCUCUUUAUAUGGUAGAAACCCAGAGCUCAAGACUGCUGAAGAGGUCCCGCGGAGUCCGCAGGCGGUACCCCCCCUGACUCGCUGGAACAGUCUGACAUCUGCUGUUUCGGCACAGUCUGCAGCUCUGAGUGUAAUGGACGUACUGAACCUGUGGCACGAUGACCCCGAGGAGCUGCUCCUGGAGCUGGGCUUCGGCAGCGAGGAGCCCGACAUCUCGGCCCGGAUCCCAGCGCGGUUCAUCAACCACCAGUCCAGGGCCCAGGGGAUCAACAUCCAGGUGUUCCUGGAGGCCCAUAAGAACCGCUUGGAUCUGGAGAACCCCGACGUCAGCAGUCGCUUCAGGCAGCUGGAGGUGCUGCAGCAGGUGACCUCGGCGUUCUCCGCCCUGGUCCCGGCCACGCCCCCUACGCCCGCCCCCGCGGUCAAACUCUCGCCCGCGUCCCGGGAGCGGCGGCGGAGACUGGGCAUGCUCUUCCGCCGGGCCUCCAAAAAGACCCUGAGCAUGAACCAGGGCCAGCAAUCCCCGCCCGCCGACCCGUCGGCCAAUCAGGAGCCGGACCUGUCUGACAGACGCCCCGCCCUCAAGCACAGCCGGCCGGGGCCCCCCGAAAACGCUGGCCUGACCCCUCUGGUGGAGGAGCAGAGCCCCAACGCCAGCCAGGACGCCUGUGACCCCCCCGCCGCGGGACCCCCGCCCCUCCCGGGGGAGAGCCCCAGGCCCCAACUGAGGCGGGACCCCCCUUGCAUUGCCCCCAGGUCCCCUCUUCGGAGGAAAAGCCCUGGAGACAUGAAGAGCCCAGAAUCCUUCGAAAUAGAGGAGAUCCACAGCUUCGAUGAGGGCAGUGCAGUUCGGAGCGCUGCGGAGCUCGGAGAGUCUGCCGAGGCCCGGUUCCUGAGGACGAGCAGCUGUCAAUCAGACAGCAGCGGCUUUCUGGAAGAGCCUUUCAUCCCCUGUCUCUCCCAGCAGGCCUCCCCUGUGCCUGAGCUGUUGAAGGCUUUACACAACCUUUCAGGAGACAGCACAGAUAGCCAGAUCACUGUGAAAGAAAGCACUGAUAUCCCCUACAGAAUGGACAGCCCGACAAGUGUAAAAGAAAUGACUGAUAUCCCCAACAGAAUGGAUAGCCCAACCACUGUAAAAGAAAGUACUGAUAUCCACUACAAAAUGGAUAGCCCGACAAGUGUAAAAGAAAUGGCUGAUAUCCCCAACAGAAUGGAUAGCCCAACCACUGUAAAAGAAAGCACUGAUAUCCCCUACGGAAUGGAUAGCCUGACAACUGUAAAAGAAAGCACUGAUAUCCCCUACAAAAUGGAUAGCCCGACAACUAUAAAAGAAAGUACUGAUAUCCCCUUCAGCAUGGAUAGCCCAACCACUGUAAAAGAAAGCACUGAUAUCCCCUACAGAAUGGAUAGCCGGACAAGUGUAAAAGAAAUGGCUGAUAUCUCCAACGGAAUGGAUAGCCCGACAAAUGUAAAAGAAAGUACUGAUAUCCCUUACAGAAUGGAUAGCCCGAAGAGUGUAAAAGAAAGUGCUGAUGUGCCCUACAGAAUGGAUAGCCCAUCAACUGUAAAAGAAAGUGCUGAUAUCCCCUACAGAAUGGAUAGCCCGACCACUGUAAAAGAAAGCACUGAUAUCCCCUACAGAAUGGAUAGCCCAUCAACUGUAAAAGAAAUGGCUGAUAUCCCCAACAGAAUGGAUAGCCCAACCACUGUAAAAGAAAGCACUGAUAUCCCCUACAGAAUGGAUAGCCCGACAACUGUAAAAGAAAUGGCUGAUAUCCCCAACAGAAUGGAUAGCCCGACAACUAUAAAAGAAAGUACUGAUAUCCCCUACAGAAUGGAUAGCCCGAAGAGUGUAAAAGAAAUGGCUGAUAUCCCCAACAGAAUGGAUAACCCGACCACUGUAAAAGAAAGCACUGAUAUCCCCUACAGAAUGGAUAGCCCGACAACUGUAAAAGAAAUGGCUGAUAUCCCCAACAGAAUGGAUAGCCUGACCACUGUAAAAGAAAGCACUGAUAUCCCCUACAAAAUGGAUAACCCGACCACUGUAAAAGAAAGCACUGAUAUCCCCUACAGCAUGGAUAGCCCAAAAACUGUAAAGGAAAUUGCUGAUAUCCCCUACAGCAUGGAUAGCCAGCUCACUGUAAAAGAAAGCACUGAUAUCCCCUACAGCAUGGAUAGCCCAAAAACUGUAAAGGAAAUUGUUGAUAUCCCCUACAGCAUGGAUAGCCCCACAACUGUAAAAGAAAGUGCUAAUGUGCCCUACAGAAUGGAUAGCCAGCUCACUGUAAAAGAAAGUGCUGGUAUCCCCUUUAUCACAGAUAGUCAGACCAUUGUAAAAGGAAAUGUUGAUAUCUCCUAUAGCAAGGAUAUCCAUAAAACUGUAGAAUACAGCUGUGAUGUCCCCAAUAAUACUGGCAGCUCCAUCACUGUAAAAGAAAGGGCUGAUAUACCCUCUAACUACAGUCUUAUCACCAUAAACAAAUGUGCUGAUAUCCCCUAUAUCAUGAACACCUCAAUCACUGUAAAUGCAUAUGCUGAUGUCCCCUAUAGCACAGACAGCCCAAUUGCUCUGAUAGACUGUGCUGAUAUUCCCUAUAAGUACAGCAUGAUCAUUGUAAACAACAGUGCUGAUAUCCCCGAUGGCAUGGAUAGCCAUAUCACUGUAAAAGAAAAUGUUGAUAUCCCCUACAGCAUGGAUAGCUCUAUCACUGUAAAAGAAAGUUCUGAUAUCCCUUACAAUACAGAGAAUUGGAUUUGUGUGAAUGAAGUGUCAGACCUCCCCUGCAAUAUGGACAGUGAGGGGUUAGAGAAGAAAAAGUUGGAUCUCCCCUAUAGAACAGAGUCUGGAAUAUCUCUAAAAGAAGACUCAGGAAUCCCCUUUGUAUCGGACAGUCGGAGCUUGCUAAAGGAAAACUCCAGCCAGGGGGCAGCAGACUCACCACAGACAGCAGGUCUGGAGACUGAUGAGACCACAGACAGCGAGGAAGUGGAGAUUUCCCAAAAUCCUGUGGUGCAAAUGAAAACUGGGCCUGUCCCAAGCCAAACGCGUGACGAUGGCGAGGACCCUGGUGCUCCCAGGGCCAGCUUUGGAGAAAUUAAAACGGGAAGCAGAGUGAAGGAAUCAGCCAGCCCAGAAGAGGAAGAAUCCUUGCUCUGUUCCAAAAGUAAGAACAGCCUCCAGCCACAAGGGGGCAUUGUGGCUCGGAGAGGAGGAUCUGAGUGGGCACAGGGCUGGCUGGAGGAGUCUACAGAUGCAGCCUUCCCACACCGGGAAGAAAGUGAAACCGAUGUUGGUGCGGAGUCCUUCAGGCCGGAUUGGGCCAGUUUUGGAUCCUCCAAGUCAGUCUCGGUGCAGAUGCGCUCCUCCCUGCCCUCCAUCUCCCAGACGACCCGCCGGAGGUGCCCGGCGCCCGCGCCGAACCUCCGACGGGAGAUGGCCGAUGCCAUGGCGGCCGCAGCAGCAGCGUCAUCGCGUGGACAGGGCAGGAAGCUGAGCCAGGGGAAGCCGCGGAAGAGGUCAGCGUCCCUGGACACGGGACGGACUUGGGAGGAGGAGGAGGGGGAGGGGGAGGAAGAGGUGGGGCGCUGGGAGGCGGGGAUGAUCGCUGGGACGCGGUGCUGCUGCGUGUGUGACCACCGCUGCUCCUGCUGCUCCUGGCACACACACUGUCCCACAAGAGAACACACCAGCGCUGGACUGCCGCUGCUCCACCAAUCAGCAGCCCGCUCCUCUCCUUUUACUUUCUCAUUGGACGAGCUGGAGGGGAUGGUGCGAUGUAUGCGGAGGUUCCGCGGUGUUCUGGAGGACGUGGAGGAGCAGCUGCAGGAGCAGGAGGCACAGGUGUACAGCGACUUCUCCGACCUGGACAGGGAGGACGCGGCGUCCGUCCGGGCGCUGCGAGCGGAGGUGAAGAGGGAGGCGGAGCUCCUGGAGACGCAGCUCACUGAGCUGGCCCAGCACUGCGACGCGGGCAUCACAGCGAAGAUGCAGAGGCUCCUCGAUGAGCAGUCCCAGCUCUGCAUGCAGCUGAGGCUCCCCUCCGAGGCCCCCCACUGGGGCCCCGCCCACGACCGGCAGGCCACGCCCCCCGGCCCAGUCUCCGCUGUGCCCGGGUAUUUGAGUGGCAGGUGCGUGGCCACUCAGUGCUGCCUGCUUCCGGACCUGCUGGUGAGCGGCUCCUCCCUAUCCGCGGAUCUGCUGCCGGGGACGCAGUGCCCCUCCCUGCCACCAGAGGGUGCCCUCACACCGGCGCACGCCACGACCGCCACCCGGCGGAACCCGCCCAACAAACAGGACGUACUGGCCUUCGCGGGUUUCUUUCAAAGCCUCAAGGAUUCGUUACGGCACUCGGUCCACAGCGACUGUUUGGAGUGAACAGGAAGAUCCAGGAAAGAGCAACUGCGGCCAUCGAAGAUGCAGUUUGUCAAGGAAGAUGAGUUCUAACUCAAGAUUUGUAAUUUUUUGGAAUGUUUUUAUACAUAUAUAUUUUUUCACCUGGCUUGAAGAAAUACUUAUACAUACUAUUUUUGUUAUGACUUAUUGAAAUUGAGUGGCUUGUGAUACAUUACAGAUUUUGUUUCUCAAUGCUAGAGAAGCAUUUAAAUACCAGUCGGUUCAUGGGGAUUAGCACUGUUUGAGUUAUAGUGAGUGUGUGAACACUAAGUGUAAAUAAAAGUCAUAUAAACAUUA